ACCGGACCAAUAAGCUAUUGGGUGGAUCUAUUCUUGUUCCUAGUGGGUCGGUUCCAGUUCCCGGUUCUGGACCAACAUUGAUACUCUUACCACGGAUCCGUAUACCCAACUCGAAACUCUCGUACAAAAUCGUUUCUAGGGUUUCUCGUAACUUUUUGUUUCCUGUUUGAAAUGUCGACGGAAUCCAAAACUGUGACAGAGGAUUCACAGACUGAUCUUUCUGAGGACGACGAUGAAUCUGAAGAAUUCGAAAUUGACGAAGAAUAUGCCGAAGAUGUUUCAAAUGGAUUGAAGUCCCUUUCAAAGUACUUAAAUUGGAGAAUGGAAAGAUCUGCACCUCCUUCUGCUCCUCCCUCAGAUAGUGUUGACUACAGCAUAACUGCCUGUCUUGCUUUGCUGGAAACCCUACCUAAUGUGCCAGAGGAGUUGUACAAGAAGGCUCUCAAACGUAUACUGGAGGACCCAAAAUGGAGGCAAUCAUUCAUUGUAGUCAUUCCUGAAAGAAGGACUUGGCUGCUAGAGAUGUUAGAGUUGUGAAGAUGAUGUAGUACUGAUUUGGGAUGAUUCGCUGUCUGGACUAACCGUGUGUAAGUGGUUCAGUUAUUCGAGGAGAAGCAUAGUUUAUGGUCCUGGGAGAUGCUUAGUUUUCAAAUGGAUGAGUAUUUGAAUCACUAAAGUCAAUGUUUUGUAAAUUUUAAGUUGAUUAAACAAUGCAAGAUUUGAUGAUGGGGACCUCUCAUUUGACCACGAAAGCUACUAACCACUCAUGUAAUGUACUCUUAACUUCCCUAACCCCUCAUUUCUAAUGCAUCUUUCACACUUUAUGAGA